AUGCCGGAGAGGAGCCCGCCGAGGCGCGCGCCAACGGGUUUCCCUUGUGAGACUCGCCCAGAUACCCGCGGAAAUGCAGCUGUUUCCUUGCUGAUCAGCUGGUGGCUGUUUCCCUGUUUCUGGCAGGUGGAAUUGUGGCUGUUGGGUUCUGACCGUUACAUCCCUGAAGAGAGAGAAAAAAGGACGGGGAACAGAAGAAAUGGAAGGAUUGUGGCAGAAAUUCUGGAGCUUAGAAGCUGCAAGAAAUGCCCAGAAAGCCACAAAUUUGGAGGGCUGCGUGGAAAGAGGCAGAAGGGCUGUUUGAGGAGCAGGGGCCCCGCAAGCUGGGCGAUGAAGGGCCCCCUCCUGCCCGUCAGCAGAGACCGGAGGAUCUCGGACUUCCCCAAGUGCUACACCCCCGAGGCCUGUCUGCAGCUGAGGGAGGACUUCCACGCCCAGGUGAGGGCGGCCUGUCAGCGGAGGAACCCUGGGACCGUUGGGCUAAAGAUCUCCAAAGUGGUCGUGGUGGGAGACCUCUGCGUUGGAAAAACAAGCCUUAUCAACAGGUUUUGCAAAGAGGUUUUUGACCGGGAUUACAAGGCAACGAUUGGCGUGGAUUUUGAAAUUGAGCGUUUUGAGAUCGCUGGGGUGCCCUACAAUCUUCAGAUAUGGGACACGGCCGGCCAGGAGAAGUUCAAGUGCAUCGCGUCUGCCUACUACAGAGGAGCGGAAGUAAUUAUCACCGUCUUCGACUUGGCUGACAUCCAGACUUUGGACCACACCAAACGGUGGCUGGAGGACGCCCUGCGGGAGAACCACCCCGGAUCCAGUUUUGUGUUUUUGGUGGGAACCAAGAAGGAUCUGCUGGUGAGCCUGAAGAAAUCUUAUCUCCAGAACCAAGGUGGCCGGUUGGGCAUCCCAUCUGCAGCCCAAUACUGGACAAUUUCUCUUUCUGCAGGGGAAAACGUCAAGGACUUUUUUUUCCGGGUCGCUGCCUUGGCCUUCGAGAGGUCUGUGCUAAUGGAGCUGGAGAAGAGCUGCAACCGGCUGCUGCCAAUCGGCACAGGGGACUUCAUCAGGAUAGAAGAAAACGCGGCCUCUUCACCUGGAUCUCGUCCGUCCAACCUGAACUGCUGCUAAUGGCUUCCAGGGGAGACACCGUAAGCUGCCCCCAUUGCUCUUAGACGAGCAGGAAAUCAACUGGGUCUCCAAGAACCACAAGGAGGGCAGCAGAGCCAGUCCCCACCUUCGCUCCUCCCGAAGCCCUCUGAGCCAUGGAGGAGGAGCCGCCUUUCUCUCCCUGGAAACUCUUUGUGCUCCAAAUGCGGAGCAUUCGGCCUUCUCGUUACCUAUUGGAGGUGGUACAAACGGACCAGGUCUGCUGACUGGGCUAAUUCAGGGCAACCCCCCCCCCCCAACCAGCUGAGCCUUCUUGGCAGCCGCAAAUUGAACCGGACGUCUAGUUAAAGCUUAACCGUGAAAUAGCUGUUAAAACCGGCAGGAGGAGUUUGAACCAAGAGGGAGAUAUCUGGAGUGAGAAAACCCCCGACUGUCUCCGAUUUAGGGCCUGUCUAGUGGAGAGCAUCUUGCACUGAAUUGUUUGAAUUACUCGCUAGCUUGGCUUAGAAUUACUGCCAGAGCAACUCCUGUAAAAACAGGCCUUUUAUUUUCAUGCAGAAUUAAAGGCUGUGCCGGAGACCCCA